AUGGCCCCACCUGCUCUACGUGGAGUAGUAUCACUCUACUCAAUUGACGACCGGUAUGCAGACGACGUGCACUACAUGGGGGGCGCAGUAUUGGGGUCUGAAGCCUUGAGUUGGGCCACCGUUAUGUUCAGCUUGAACGCACUACCGAUGGCUCCGGAAACGCAGUUCCCGUGGCUACACGAGUGGCUAGCGCAACAAACUCGAGAUGAAAUUUUGGGAACAUGGCUCCAUUUUAUCGGAGGCUGGAAUGAUGGUUAUUUCAACGGUGUGGCGCGGAUGAUCAAAGGGAUGAAGAAUUCUCCGAGUAAAGGCGUGGUUGGGCCGUGGAGUCACAACUGGCCGAAUAGUGCCACUCCUGGACCGCAAGUGGGUUUUUUAGAACUGUGUCGACAGUGGUGGGAGUACUCAUUAAAUGAUAAAACGGACAAUUUAGCUACCGGAUUUCCAGACCUGCAGUUGUUCGUCAAAGACGAGAUCGAGAACCCGACGGCGAGGAUUCUUGAGUAUCCAGGCAAAUGGUGUGGCGUGGACGAUGUUGAGAAGCUAGAGCAGAAGUUUGUGACGUUCUACUGCUCGAGUGGAGAUGGCUACAAACUGCAGACUACGGCGGAGCCACCCAGUACUCGUGAGCGUGUGAUAGCGUUUAAUAGUUUGCAAGGUGCGUGGAGUGGCGAGUGGCUGUCGUUUGGCGGUGAAGAUAUGCCCGGUAAUCAAUUAAAUGAGGAUGCAAUCGCUACCACGUGGACUACUGGUCCACUAAAUGAGGAUAUCGAGAUCAUUGGACGUCCUCAAAUAAGUGUAUUCGUCAAGUCGAGCAAGCCGCAGGCCCUCAUCAUGGCGCGUUUUAGUGACGUUUCUCCCUCUGGAAAGUCGACUCUGAUCACGCGUGGUGUGCUCAAUUUGAGCCACCGUCAUGGCCACAAGCUCGACGAGCUAAGCCACAUGCCUAUUGGCGAGAAUACUCGAGUCACGUGGCAACUCAAUGCGUGCGCAUACACUCUACGUGCAAGCCACACUCUGGUGCUGUCCGUCACACCCAAUUACUGGCCGAUGGUCUGGCCGUCGCCCGAGCCAGUGGAGCUGUCAGUUUCCUUUGCUGAAUCGAAUCUGCUCAAGCUUCCUGUGCUACCUGAAGGUCCUACUCCUGUUGAGAACGCAGCGAGUUGCCCUAGGCUCCUUGUAGUCAACGAAGACCAAGGCAAAGAUUUGCUUGUUGACGAAGGAAUUGUUAUGGAAGAAACAGCGAUUAAGACGUACACGACCGACCCUCAAUGUCUCCACCCGCGUGUCAGUAUUCAGCGCACUCUUACGUACGAGAAACUGACUUCAAGUGAGCAUAGUGAGCUGCUUGACAAGUUCGCCGACCAGAUGACUGCCGCUACGCAUGUCAACGAUCUGAAGCUGGAGCGGGUCGAUUAUGCAGAGCACCCGGUACUACCGUGGAAGGUUCGCGUCGAGACAGACAGCUCCAUGGCUUCAGAUGAGACGACGUUCUUCCUCAAAGAUCACAUGAUCGUCCGUCUGAAUGAAGAGGUUUUCUUUGAAAAGACGUGGGAGAAGGAGAUCCCGCGCCAGUUUGUGUAG